CCGAAGCCCCGGUGCUCCUGCCCCUCACCGAACCGGGGAGGACACAAAGCCGCUCCCUGUGCCGAGCCCGGCGCAGCCGCUCCGUGCCAGGCGGCCCGGGAGUGAUGCCCGCCGGGGUUCGGCAGGGUGAUGCCCGCCGGGGGUGAUGCCUGGCGGCUCUGCCGGCCCCCGCCCGCCCCGGGCAGACACCAAAGCGUUAAUCACCGGCUCGCCUACAUUUCCUGUCCCUCUUCCCCUUUUCCUUCGCAAAGUUUGGGAAGAACCCAUGGCCGCGGCAGCAGCUCCGCUCCUGUCCGGGCAGCGAAGCCCCGUCCAGCGGCAGCUCCUGGGUGUGGGUGCCCCGGCGGGUCAAAGCUUCAGUCUGCAGCAGCCCCAGACCAAGGUGUCGGUGGCAGUGGGGGAGAUGCUCACCCUCAGGUGCACCACAUCUCCACGUGCUGCACCAGGUCCUGUGAGGUGGCUGAAGGGUUGGGGCAGUGGGAACAAGACCAUCUAUGACCAGAAAAUAAAGGAUCCCCGUGUGACAAGAGCAGUGAAUGGGUCUGACACAGACUUCACCAUCCGCAUCAGGAAUGUUCAGCCUGAGGACACGGGCACCUACUACUGUGUGAAGUUUGUCAAGUCAGACAGUGGUGUGGAUGAGGUGUCUCAGUAUGGCAGUGGCACAGACGUGUCUGUGUAUGAGACAGCCCUGGUUCCUGGAACAGUGGCAGCAGCUGUAGUGCUCUGCUUCCUCCUCCUUCUCCUCGUCCUCUUCAUCGCCCUUUGCAUGUACAGGAGGAAGCGCCAAGGCGGGGUGGGCAGCCCCAGGACAGUGGCCACGGGCAGCUUCUUGUCUGUCCCUCUGCAGUGCUGUGCAGGGACCCCCGGCACCCCCAGUGAAGUUCUGGAUGCAGAGAGCUCCCACCUGCCCAGCCAGCAGAGCAGCAAGGAGGAGAACAACAUCCACUACGCCGACCUGCAGCCCCUGCCCCCGGCCCCACGGCGCGGGAGGAGCCCGGGCACGGCCCCCACUGAGUACGCCAGCCUCAGAGUGGCUGCCAAGUGACACAUGGCACCGCUGCCUGCACGGCCAGGCCGUGUCAGGGUGGAAGAAGGGACAUUUCUGCAGGGCACAGUGAAGAAGGAGUGGAGCUGUUUGCAUGGCACACCCUGAUCUCAGCUCAGAACACCCCGAUCUCAGCUCAGCACACCUUGCAUCGCAGGGGAGCUCUCCCAUGACCUGGAAGCCACCUCGACCACAGGAGCAGACCACGAGGCCAAGCACCUCUGCCUUGUGCAAGCUGUUUGGUGCUGAUGACACCAGGAGGACCUCACACACACCUGUAUCCACCAGCAUGGGCCUGUACUGGUCCUUUCCAAGCCCACAGGUCCAUAAUUUGUGUUAUCUUUUCACCACCCUCAUUAAAGCCAGCAAACAGCCUUCUGUCCA